UGCGCGGGGAAGAUGGCGCUGCGUCUGCUGCGAAGGGCGGCGCGUGCGGCGGCGGCGGCGGCGGCGGCAGUGGCGGCGGCGACGCUGCCCAGGCUGAGCUCCUCUCCCGCCACCAGGGUGGCCAGCUUCAGCACCAGCGCCGUGGACCCCCACGGCUACACACCCCGGAGAGCGGUGCUGUACGUGCCCGGCGACGACGAGAAGAAGAUCCGCAAGAUCCCCAGCCUGCAGGUGGACUGUGCGGUGCUGGACUGCGAGGACGGCGUGGCCCUGAACAGAAAGGAAGAAGCCCGCUCCAGGAUCGUGAAGACCCUCGAAGGGUUUGACUUGGGCCCGACAGAGAAGUGCGUGAGAAUCAACUCGGUGUCCAGCGGCCUGGCCGAGGCUGACCUGGAGAGCUUGCUACAGUCCCGGGUCCUUCCUGCCAGCCUGAUGUUGCCCAAGGUGGAGGGGCCGGAAGAAAUCCAGUGGUUUUCAGACAAAUUUUCAUUCUACUUAAAAGGCCGAAAACUUGAACAGCCAAUGAAUUUAAUCCCUUUUGUGGAAACUGCCAUGGGUUUGCUCAAUUUUAAGGCCGUGUGUGAGCAGGCAAUGAAGACAGGCCCGCCGUGCGGCCUCUUGCUGGACGCUGUCGUCUUCGGGGGAGAAGACUUCAGAGCCAGCAUAGGAGCAACAAGCAGUAAGGACACCCAGGAUAUCCUCUUCGCCCGGCAGAAGAUCGUGGUGGUGGCACGCGCCUUCGGGCUGCAGUCCAUCGACCUGGUCUAUAUCGACUUCAGGGACACCGAGGGCCUGCGCCGCCAAGCCCGGGAGGGCGCGGCCAUGGGCUUCACAGGUAAGCAGGUGAUACACCCCAGCCAGAUCCCCGUGGUGCAGGAGCAGUUCACGCCAUCCCCAGAGAAAAUUAAAUGGGCCCAAGACCUGAUCGCCGCCUUUGAGGAGCACCAGCGCCUGGGGAAGGGGGCCUUUACUUUCCAGGGGAGCAUGAUCGACAUGCCGCUACUGAAGCAAGCCCAGAAUAUUGUCACGCUUGCCACGUUCAUCAAGGAAAAAUGACCCAUUACCCAGAGCUCAACAUCAGCGAGUGCUCUUCCUCUGAAAGCUCAAGGGUAUUGAAGCUUCCAAAGAUCAACUCGUGUUUGCCAGAGGACGCCAAUGAAAUUUGAAACACCAACAAUCAGAGAUUUUGUUUCUGCUCCUCAUUAAAUCAUGAGCCUUUGUACGGGAGCCUCGGACGACGGUUCUUUAAGAAAUUAACAGAAAGGGAAGUUUUAAACUCGACACCAACCUUUUCAUGACCUCGGCACCAACACCGCGGGAAGGCUGUUCUGUUUAUUUAAAUUUGUAAA